GUUAGAUUUGAUGAAAUAUGUCACGCCUGACUUACCUGUGCGAUUGUCCCACGUAGGUCCAGGGGAAAUGAACGCAUUGUUCCAGGUAAGGAAAUUAGUGACUAUUUUCUAGCGUUGCUUGUUUUGUAUGUGAGGAAAAUAUAACAGUAACUCGUUCAGCCAACACCAGAUUUGACCAGGUUUAUUUGUUAUGUGUUGGUAUCCGAGAUAGCUUUUUAGCAAUACCGAGCUUUAAACUUUAAAAAAAAAAAUAAUAAUUAAAAUAUUUUAAAGUCCUAACAUUUAAGACAAAAAAAAAAAAAAAAAAAAAAAAAAAAAAUAAAAAAAAAAAAAAAAAAAAAAAAAAAAAAAAAAUUAUAAAAUUAGCAAAAAUAGACCAUAUUCCUGAUUGAUUUUCUCAUUAUGAAGCAUAAAUAAAUAGAAAAUCGAAAAAAUACAGUGAAAACGACACAAAAGUAAAAAAAAAAGAAAGUUUAAUACAAAAGAAAAAGGCUGCAUACGUUUAACCUUUCUGGAAAUGGCAAAAGUUAAAUACAGGAAACGAGAUAAAAACAACUAUUUCUUUUUUCCCCAAAGAAAUUAAGAAAGUUUUCAGCGGAUGCAUUACGUAAAUGUCUUCCUAUUUUCACGCCAAUUUGUUUUAAAGACUAUGCUCUUGUGAAUGUAAAGGCUACAGAAAAUUCUAAGCCAUAUUCAGGGCGGAAAAAAAAGGCGGGGAGAGGGGGCUGGAUGGAGAAAUAAAUCUCUCUUUAUGACCCGAACUUGUACUUUAGCCACAAGUUUUGGGGAUAAGGUUAGAUGUUGUAACGCUAGGUUAGGAACACCAGGUCACCAGGUUUAACACUAAGUUAGGAGCACUGUCGUACCAAUCUUUUAAUACUAGGUUAGGAACACUAUACGUAACUAUGUUACUAUGAAAGAUAUCUAAAAAUAACAUUUUCUUCAUUAAAUAAAUUAACUGCGUUGCUACGCAUUUGUUUCUUAUAUUUGAAACACUGAGAAAUCAAAAUUGUGGAACGAAUAGUAAAGGUAUUUAAUUAAUUACAAAGUUUUCACACUUAUUUUUUCACAACUUCUCUGUUUUAAAGCUUUCUUUUGAGGCGCACUUUAAGAAUAGACCUGAGCGUGUAAUGAAUUUAGGGUAUUUAAUUAGAUAAACUUCAUUGAAAUAUUACAAGGUUUGCUUUUUAUACAUGUAAACAAAUUGAAUUGAUUUUUUAUUUUUAUUAGAGAUAGACAAAAGCCGCAGCUUAAGGGAAAUAAUCCCCAAAACAUUUGAUUGACAUUCUUCCACAGGGCCUCGUCCACCUUCUGGCCUCCUGUUGCCUGAUUUUUUCUGUUGAAGCUGGUACGUAAACUAUAAACAAAAGUAUGGUAGCUGAUUGUGCAAUUUCACGAAUUUCAUUUGCUGCUAUUUAUAUAUUCCAAUGUACAUUAUUUAUACACAAAAAAAAAACAAAACAACAACAACAUCUUGUCAUUGAUGUAUAUUUCUCUAAUGCCUUAGCUUAGACUUACUCAUAAGUCUUGAUUCAUCAUUCAACGGCGGAGACAGGGAUUGUUGAUCCCUGUCGACUUCCGGUUACAAUUUAUAUUUUAAAUAUCACUUUUGGGGCCCAAAUGUAAUUUAUUAGGAGAUCUUCACCUUCAAAAGUCACUUUUCGUAUUCCUGAACGUUUUCUUAAUUUUUUUUAGACAUACCUGCUGGGAAACCUUGCUCGGUAAAUGAACAAUGCGUGGUGAAUUCUGAAUGUACGGCACACCAAGGCGGCACGUGUGAGUGUAGGUCAGGGUUCUACGCCAGUGGCGGCGCUUGCGUGAGAGGUAGGUCAGAACGGUGGAAGAGUAGAUCGGGCAUUUUCCCAAAACAUAAGCUAGAAACCAGUUCAAUCUUUAAAACAAAGUACGAAAAGAAAAGGACCCCCAUAAGUUUUAAUGACUGACUUCAAGCGUCUGUCAGAAUAUCUCUGCUUGUGGUUCUAUCCGUAAAAUCUUGUCUGUGAAUGAUACUCUUAAAAAACACACACGAUUGCAGAAUGAAUUUAAGAUUUUAAAAAAGAUUUAAAGUAAAACUUAUUAAGAUAUACAAUAAAUUGAUUAAUGUAUCACGGUCAAACUGAGAUCUACCGGCGAAAUGUUAGUAAUGGCGCAAACGUUUCCUAUGAAACUAAAGAACUUACCAUUGAUUUUUCUUAGAGCGGAAUCUAUUACUUUCUGAAACUCACACUACGUCAUUAAAGAUGCUCCAAAUACUCUGUAAAUUGCGUCAAAAAUAUAUUGUAAAGAAAAGAAAAGGGGAGGGGGGCAGGGAAUUGGGGAAAUGCUGUCUUUUCUAAAUAUUUUGCUUAUUUUCCACCGGAAGACCUUGAGUUAAACACGUGAAUCUACCGGCGACUGCCAUAGAUUUAAUCACGGAUAGCUCUCAUUUGAGUACAUUCUCUCCACACCUUUAGAUUUAAAUGAGAGCUAGCCGUGAUUGAGAACUUUCUGGCCACAGCUGCAGAAUUACAGCUAGCCGUGAUCAUGUUACUCUCUGUCCACAGCUGUGGGGCUGAAGCGACCGUGUCGGGACUAUGGGCAGUGUGGGGACAACGCCGAGUGUGGGGUGGACCGGUCAGGCGUGUGUGAAUGCAGACGUGGGUUCUACGCCAGUGGAGUCAUGUGUAAACAAUGUGAGUCAGAUACAUACCUCUAUUAUCCCGAAGUCCGGUUGUGAAUUUCCCUGUCUUUGAAGCACAUCACAUUUGCCACACGUCGUCCUUCGUUUUUAAACAAUGAAAACAUUCUGUUUGGCUUAUGUGUAAAAUAUGGCUGCUUGAACUAAUAUAUUAUUUAAUAUUCCUUCAGACGAGUGGUUCUCAACCUGUGGGUCACGACCCCUUUGAGGGUUGAACGACCCUUACACAGGGGCCUCCUAAGACCAUCGGAAAACAUAUGUUUAUGAAGUAGCAACGAAAAUAAUUUUUAUUGUUAGGGGUCACCACAACAUGAGGAACUGUAUUGAAGGUUUGCGGCAUUAGGAAGGUUGAGAACCACAGAUUUAGAGAGUUACGCCUUGACAAAUAAUUCUAUGAUGUGAAGACAAAAAAUGUGUAUCCAAAAAGCCAAAAAAAAACAACUUCACCCUUUAGUGAUGUUUUAAUCUCUGGAUGUGGCACCCCACGAUCGGACUGUGGCACUCCGAGCUCUGGGCGUGGCGCCCCCAAGAUAUUGACGUGGCGCCCCAUAAUCUGGACGUGGCGCCCCAGAUGCCUGCAAUUGCUGUUAAGUCGGCGCAGUAAGUUACCGAUCGUACCACGGAGAGUAAGCACACCAACAGAGCAGGAACCUAAUCACAUCAAUUGUUUUAAACUGAAUAGGGUUUGACAUUUUAUGGCGAAAAUCUAAUAAUAGAACAUCCGGGCAUACUGUCUGGCCAAUCUCUUUAAGAUAUUAAUAAAUCAUCCUGGUAUUCCGUUUGGCCAGCAUGUCAACAGCUUUUCAGUACUGUUAUGUUAAUGUGAGCCGGCAUCGUGAGGCUUGACCUAGACCAGCGGUUCUCAACCUGUGGGUCGCGAACCCUUUCCACAGGGGUCGCCUAAGACCACCUGAAAACACAUAUGCUCUACAGUUAUGAAGUAGCAACGAAAAUAAUUUUGUGGUGGGGGUCGCCACAACAUGAGAAACUGUAUUAAAGGGUCGCGGCAUUUGGAAGGUUGAGAACCCCUGACCUAGACGAAAACGUGUUUACAACUUUAUUUUACGAAAAAUUUUACAAACACAUUGUUACUGAUAUAUAUAAUGUAUAUACUUUUAUAGAAGCUUUGUUUUAUGAAAACAUUGUCUAAAAUAGCAACAUUACGUAAUGUUAUGCGCCGUCGUCCGGUCUGCGAAAUGACAAGCACCGAAAGUUACAAUUGUUGUCAUAAAUUAAACUAACAUCAUGGUCUGUUUCACUAUAUAGCGCUUGCCCUAGGCGAGGUCUGUGUGGCAAAAGGAGAGUGUGUGGCCAAUGCAGAAUGUAAAAGUGGCACCUGCAGGUGUGUCCUCGGUUUUUACAACUACAGGUGAGCUCUUUUGGUGGCAACAUGUAUGGGCGAGUUGGUGUGAGAAAAUAAAUUGUAAGACUUGUUUUGUUUAAAUGUAUCAGGUUUUCAUCGUUUAUGUUUAUGGUCUUUAAGUAAAUUCUAGGUAGGUUAAGAUUCUUGAAACAUAGGUUUUCCGAUUCAAUCUAUCAAUUUGCUUGUUUGGUAUGUUGGAAAUAGUAAAAUAGUGUAAAAUAAUAAUUAAGGAAGGCUCAACACAUUCAAUGGACAAUAAGCCCACUCUACACUUUUGACGCUACAUAUUUGAUACUACAUAUUUAAAUUACAGUUUUUUACUACAGAUUUGAUACUACAGAUUUGAUACUACAGGUUUGAUACCACAGAUUUGAUGCUACAGAUUUGAUACUACAGUUUUGAUACUAUAGACUGGAUACUAAAAAUUUGAUACUACAUGACAUAUUGAAAUUACAGUUUUUUUAUAACUACAGAUUUGAUGCUACAGAUUGAUGCUAAAUAUGUGAUUCUAUAAUUUUUUUUUUAACGUGGAGGCAAAUGAUGACGCCAUCCUAAUCUCACGGCGAUAACGUCACCACUUUUCGUGCUCUUUACGUUUUCCCCCUCAUGUUUUCUUUGUUUCCACAUCUCAGUGUUUGCCUUUGAUUUCCAUCAGGGGUUUCUGCACACGUUCCAGUCGUGCAGGUGAGUUCUGCGCCUCAUCUGAGGAAUGUGUCGAGGGUUCCCAUUGUUCUAGCCAUGUCGAGUACGUCUGCGUGUGUAAUCAAGGACUGGUGAACCAGAACGGUGAGCUUCUUUGAUUGCCGGAGCUGAUAGCGAUUAACCUUUGAUUACACUUGCACUAAUCUUACCUUAUAUUAAUAACUUGUUGCACAAGCGACAGUGAAGCGAUCCAAGAGGCACAUCUCAACUCUAUCUGUAUUCUGUAAGGGAAGCGCACUAAGUGAUGAAUCGCUAAGCCCAAUCCGUUUGUCGUCAUCUAAUGAUGAUAAUUAUUAUGUUCAGUUUUUGUAUAAGCAAGUAUUAUUUCCUACCAAAUAUAUUUAUUUACGGGGGCAGUUGUACACUGUUGUUUUCCCUUGUUAAAAUAAUUGUUCCCGAAAAAGGUUUAAAAUUAAGCUGAUAAGGGAAAUGAAAUCUCACGAGAACCUUAAACUUAAGCAACUCGAUUUGAGAGUAAUGCUAUUUCGCGUUCGUUACUUCAUUUACAAGGAAAUUCCACGAGCUGUAUUUUAUUUCGGAUGAUGAUGUCAUCAAAGAAUGUCAUCAAAGCUACUAUAUCUACUUUACACUGGUCAAUCCCCAGGCUUCUGUGUGCCACUGACGUCAAGGGAUGAGCAAGUAACGAAACGAAACAGACUUCGGCUGUUGUUGUCCAGAUUUAGCUGAUCAAUGACUGCAAUGGAAUUUGAGAACCUUGUUGAAGUCAAAGAAACAAGAACUGUUUAAUGUUUUGACAAAAAUCAAAUGUGUUUGUUCUCUAGUAUUUAUGAAAUAAAAUAUUGGUGUAAA